UCGACGUACGUCUUUCAGUCGUUAACAAGCCACACGGCACGAAACAUCGGAAUUAAUAUUAAUUAGCGAAUGAAAAGUUGAUUGAAUUGAUUGAUAGGACGUUCUGAAUCCCUUAGAAUGGCCUUGACAUGCUGGGAGAAGUUAGCCGUGGUGGUGAUAGCAGCUGUGGGACUGAGAAUUGUCAUCAGAUUGACUGGAUUUACCUGGAAGAAAUUUUUAGCACCAGCUCUGGGUUGUGGUAUUGACCUGACGACCCAGGGCAGAUGGGCUGUGGUGACAGGAGCUACUGAUGGACUUGGCAAAGCUUUUGUCCAGGCACUCGCUGCCAAGGGCCUUGAUAUUGUCCUUGUGUCAAGAUCUCUGCCAAAGUUAGAAAUCGUCGCUAGAGAAAUAAAGGAACAGUACAAAGUGGAGACAAGGAUUGUCGAGGCUGAUCUCACUGAGGGACAACCUGUCUACGCCAAGAUUGCCAAGACUAUUGAAGAGCUCGAAGUAGGUGUACUUGUGAAUAAUGCCGGUACAAGUUACGAUCACCCAGAGAUAUUUACAAACGUAUCGGAAGAGACGAUUGCUAAGAUCCUGCAGUUGAAUGUAGCUGGUGUAACUGGAGUUGCCCGAGCUGUAUUUCCAGGAAUGAUGGAGAGAAGAAAAGGAGUGAUAAUUAAUAUAAGCUCCACAGCAGCGGCUAUUCCCAGCCCCUAUCUAUCAGUUUACGCAGCGAGUAAAGCAUUCGUUGAUAAACUCAGUGCAGAUCUAGCUGCUGAGGGUAGACCCAGGGGAGUCACUGUGCAAUGUGUGCUUCCUGGACCGGUCGCCACGAAAAUGUCAAAAAUCAA